GGGGCUGAAGUCCAAAGCGGGCAGGUCCCGGGGAGCAGAUUCCAGCCCGGGGCUCACGGUGUGGCCUCUCCGAGCUCUGUUUUACUGUCGCGGUGGCAGGGAUGGCUGCAGGCGGGCAGGUGCUGGUCUUCCUGGUGCUGCUGGCCAAGACCCUCCUCCCCUGCGGGUCAGUGAUCAUCAACAGCUGCAGCAGCACAGCUGAGCAGCUCUGUGACUUUGUCUGCGACUGCAGUGACUGCUCCGACGAGAACCAGUGUGGGUACCUGCGAGGCUCAGCAGUGCUGGGCACCCCCUUCACUUGUGACUUUGAGGAUGGUGACUGUGGUUGGCAGGACGUGGGCACCUCAACAUACAGAUGGGUGCGGGGCCAGGCCAGCCUGGCCAGGUGGGGCACAGGGCCUCACUCAGACCACACCGUGGGCACCGACCUGGGCUCAUUCUUGGUGACUGUGUCCCCCCCUGCAAAGACUGUGGCUACGGCCUGGCUCAGGUCACCAGAGAUGCAGGAAGCAGCUGCCACAUGUGAGAUCAGAGCCUGGUACCACCUCUCAGGAAGCUGUGAGGGCACGCAAGGGCUCAAUGAGAUGGAGCAGCCAGUGCUGCGCCUGGACGUGGCAUACAGGGACGAGGUGGUGGGGCUGUGGCAGAACCCUGAGCGCAGCAGCAAGGGCUGGCACCAGCUGGUCGCCUACCUGGGCCGGAUCACGGGGCAGUUCCAGCUUAUCUUCUCCCUGACACAACCACCCGCCUGCGGGGCAGAGGUGGCACUCGAUGACAUCAUCUUCAGGAACUGUGGCUUGCCAGGGCCCGGGCAGCAGGACUGUGGGGCCCAGGAGAGCCGCUGCAGCCGCGGCUCCUGCGUGGCACAGCACCGCCUCUGCGACGGUACGGACGACUGCGGGGACGGCUGGGACGAGGACACGACACGUUGCAAGUCCUUCACCAACUGCUCCUUUGAGCGUCAUCUCUGCAACUGGGAGGCAGAACCUGGGCCGCCAUCGUGGGACAGGAACACAAGCCUGAACCUGGGCACCUUGUAUGGCUUCCCCACCCGGGACCACAGCACCAACAGCAGGGCAGGGUUUUUCCUCCACGUGAACAGUGCCCCCAACAUGGGGCCCAGCGGCACAGCUCAGCUCAGCAGCCCCACUUUCCAGGCCACCAAUUCUUGCUCUCUCGUGCUAUACUGCCACCUCCAUGGCUCGGCCAACAGUAACCUCAGCAUCUUCUAUGUGACCAACUCCACCAAGCAGCUGGUGAGGGAGAGGACAGGGGACAUGGGCAGCUGCUGGUUCCGGGAGAGAGUGAACUUCAGUGUGACAGAGGCCUUCAAGGUGCUGAUCGAAGGGGUGGCUGGCAAUGGGGGGACUGUGGCCAUCGAUGACCUGAUCCUGUCACCGGGCUGUGUGAAGGAGCAGGGGAAGUCUCCAGUCACGCUGCCGAGCCAGGCAGGUGCCAGUCCCUGUGCAGCAGGGGAGGUGGCCUGUGACAGCGGGGGCUGCAUCGCCGCAGAGCUGGCCUGUGACUUCAACAAUACGUGCACCGACGGCUCCGAUGAGAAGCACUGCGGGGCAACAACCUUCGAGUCAGGGGCUGGGGGCUGGCACGAUGUCAGUGUGGGGCACCUGCGCUGGGGUCUGCAGAGGCUCGCUGAGCCCAACACCUUCCUCACAGGGUCUUUCCUGGCCCUCCAGGAAGGAGAAGGACAGAUGGUGAGUGCUGCAAAGGCACGAACUCCUCUGCUGGGCCCCUCUGGCCCCACCUGCACCAUGGAGAUGAGCUACCUCAUCCAGAGUGGCCCCCAAGGCUUCCUCGCUGUCCGCAUCCUGGAUCACACCACCGGCACCACCCAGCUGGCCUGGCACACGCAGGGUCGUGGUGUCACAGCCGGGGAACAUGUCCGUGUCCCCCUGGGAGAGAGGAGCUGGCCAUUCCAGGUCGAGCUGCUGGCGCUGGUGGAUCUGCAGGGUUCGGCAAGUGUCGGCGUCGACAACGUGACGUUCGAGCAGUGCUACCUCGGCGUGGUGGCACCCUCAGCUGCGGAGCUGACCUGCAGCUUUGAGAGGGACAUGUGCGGCUGGUACCAGGAUCAAUCUAGUGACUUCAAAUGGGUCCACAACAUGGGGCAGGGGCAGGGCUCUGACCACACCACCGGCUCAGGCUACUUCUUGUCUGUGGACCCCUCUGCACUGUGGAGCCGCGGGCAGCAGGCACAGCUCAUCACAUCCCGCCAGGAUCCUGCUGCUGCCCCACGCUGUCUCUCCUUCUGGUACCUCCUGGCUGGCCCACAGAUUGGCACCCUGAACCUCAAACUGCAGCCAGAGGGAGAGGAGGAGACAGUGCUGUGGACCUGCCGGGGGACCCAGGGCAGCAUCUGGCACCGGGCAUGGGCGACACUGCCCGCCACGGGCCAAAAGCCAUACAGGGUGGCCUUUGAGGUGCUGCGGGAUGGGUUCCUGGGGGAUGUGGGGCUGGACGACCUGGCGCUGACAGCGGGGCCCUGUGGGGCCGAGCUCUCCUGCUCCUUUGAGGCAGAGGGCUGUGGACUGGCCGCCAGCGGGCAGGGCACCUGGCAGCGACAGAGCAACGGCACCGGCACCACCGCCGGCCCCGCAGCCGAUCACACCACCGGCACCGCCGCAGGUCAUUACAUGGUGGUGAGCACGGGCAGGGACUCCCUGCCUGCAGGGCACAGGGCUGUCCUCACCUCCCAGCCCUACCAGCCCUCUGUGCCCGCCCAGUGCCUGGCCUUCUGGUACCAGCUGAGCGCCAGGACCCCAGGCUCCCUUGGGGUGUUUGUGGAGCAGAGCGGGGUGCGGAGGAAGGUGCUGAGUGUGAGCACCAUGGAGGGGAGCGGCUGGCACCGCGGCCACGGCACCAUCCAGCCUGAUGGCGACUGGCAGGUGGUGUUCGAGGCAGUGGGAGCUGGGGGUGACCAUGGGUACAUUGCGCUGGACGACCUGCACGUGUCAGACGGAGCCUGCCCUGAGCCAGCAUCCUGUGACUUCGAGCAGGAUAUGUGCGGCUGGAGCAGCCCCUCGGACCCCCACCUGCACAGCUUUGCCUGGGGCUGGAAGAGCGGGGUCCCUCUAGCCAAGUACCCCGGCCCUGAGCAGGAUCACACCCUGGGCACAAGAAAUGGUCACUAUGUGCACUUCGACACCAGUGUGCUGGGUGCAGGGGGCACCAGUGCCCUGCUGGAGAGCCAGCCCCUGCCUGCUGCCACCGACUCCUGCCUGCGGUUCUGGUACCACAUGGACAUCCCAGAGCACCUCUCCAGUGGGGAGCUGCGAGUGAUACUGCACAGCACAGCAGGGCAGCGCAUGGUGUGGAGCGUGGAGGGACACCACAGCUGGGGCUGGCAGGGCAGCAUGGUGCCUGUGCAGAGCCCCAGCGAGUUCCAGAUCAUCUUUGAGAUCACCACACGGAGGUGGCCGUUGGAGGGGACAGUGGCACUGGAUGAUAUUGUGUACAGUGCUGGGGUGGGCUGCCAUUCUAGCCCGGAGGAGCCAGUGGAAGAGAAACCCUCAGGCAGCUUUGUGGCAGAGGUGGUGCUGGGUCUGCUCCUGGCCCUCGUCAUUGUUACGCUGGUGGCUACUGGGGGCUGGUACUGGCUGAAGCAGCAAGGGCUGGCAAGCAGGACACCAGCGGAGAGUGACACUCCCCAGGGCUUUGACAACAUUACCUUUCGAGAUGACAAGGUCAUUGUAUCUCCAGUGCCAAGGGAGGGGGAUGAGGCUUGAAAUUAUCAGCCAGCAGCAGAAAUUGCCCACUCCCACCAGGCAGACCAUUCCUCAGCCAGACCCCACACUCCAGCAGCUGCCGGCUCUCUGCCCCCAGCACCAGGGAGCUGCUGUGGCACCACCUGGGCUGCCGGCCCCACAGAGACACACCGCUGCCACUACCUCCAAGUGCUCGGGAAAAGCAUUUUUGUUGUUUGUAACAUGAUCUUCCAAGACACA